AUGAACACCACAGAUCUCCAUGGAUUGAUCCAAGGCUACCACAACAGGAGUCAAACCUCAGGCAUUUUGCCACUUGACAAAGACUUAUCAGCCGAGGAGAAGGACUCGUCGGCGGGAUGCUACGAACAGCUGCUGAUUUCCACAGAGGUUUUCCUCACUCUGGGCAUCGUCAGCCUGCUGGAGAACAUCCUGGUUGUUGCUGCUAUCAUCAAAAACAAGAACCUUCACUCACCCAUGUACUUCUUCAUCUGCAGCCUCGCCGUUGCCGACAUGCUCGUUAGCGUGUCCAACGCCUCUGAGACUAUUGUCAUAGCGCUCAUCAACGGAGGCAACCUGACCAUCCCCGUCACGUUGAUCAAAAGCAUGGACAAUGUGUUUGACUCUAUGAUCUGUAGCUCUCUGUUAGCAUCCAUCUGCAGCUUGCUGGCCAUCGCUGUCGAUCGCUACAUCACCAUCUUCUAUGCGCUGCGAUACCACAACAUUGUCACGCUGCGAAGAGCGAUGUUGGUCAUCAGCAGCAUCUGGACGUGCUGCACCGUGUCCGGCAUCCUGUUCAUCAUCUACUCAGAGAGCACCACGGUGCUCAUCUGCCUCAUCACCAUGUUCUUCACCAUGCUGGUACUCAUGGCGUCGCUGUACGUCCACAUGUUCCUGCUGGCACGUUUGCACAUGAAGCGGAUCGCGGCGCUGCCGGGCAACGCGCCCAUCCAUCAGCGGGCCAACAUGAAGGGCGCCAUCACCCUCACCAUCCUCCUCGGGGUGUUCGUGGUGUGCUGGGCGCCCUUCUUCCUCCACCUCAUCCUCAUGAUCACCUGCCCCCGGAACCCCUACUGCACCUGCUUCAUGUCCCACUUCAACAUGUACCUCAUCCUCAUCAUGUGCAACUCCGUCAUCGACCCCAUCAUCUACGCCUUUCGCAGCCAAGAGAUGCGAAAAACCUUCAAAGAGAUUUUCUGCUGCUCGCACACCCUCUUGUGUGUGUGA